AUGAUUAACUACUUGCAAGUUUUCUUUUUGUUAACAAUUUUCAUGUUUGUACAUGGUACUGACUAGUAAUGUUAAUGCCUAAGCCUAAAAUCAGAGGAUGACUGCUUGAAGUUCCCCCUCUAAUACUGUGAAUGGACUUCAAAGAAAUGUGACCUAUCAAACUAAACAAAGUCAAACCCCCUUAUUGAGGGUAAACCUUAUUGUUCAUAAUACGAAUCUUCAAAACAUUGUUUAGCAGCCUUUGUUUGUAUAAACGAAUCGAAAACAAUAGGAUAGUGUAAUGAUGAAUAUUUACCCCAUUAUCCUUGCAUUUGGGUUGACACAAAGUGCUAGUUCUUUACUGGAUGCAGUAUGUAUAUAGAGCAAAUGCAUUAAAAAUGUAAUGAAAAAUCAAAAGAAUGCACUACAGAUAGUGUUUAGUGUAUUUAGAGAGCAGAAUGUCAUGAAUAUCUUACAGUAGAUGCUUGUAAAUAAAAAAAUAUUCAUGGACAAUAAUGUACAUGGGAUCCUUAGAUGGGAUGUAAACGAAUUAGUAGGUGUUCAGAAUUAUAAAUAAAAAGUACUAUAACUCAUGAAAAUUGUUAUGAUGAAUUGGAUAGGUGUACAAUAAACAAAGACAAUGAUUGUGUAGAUUUGUUACCAGAAUGCAGUGAUUACACUUUUGUGGGCUAAUGUAAAAUAACGUCAUCUAAAGUCAAAUGCAAAUGGUAGGAAGAAAUGUGUCGAGACAUGACUUGUGAUGAUGCCCCACUAACUUUAGUUUCAGAGAAUUGUUAUGAUUUCUUGUAGAAGGGCAUGUGUGAAGCAAAAUAUGGUGGAGGAUGUUAGUAGGUCAUUUAUUGUAGCAAUUUAAAAACUCAAGUUGAAUGUCAAGGGAAGAUUGAUACAAGUGGGACACCUUGUUUUUGGAUAGCAUCUCUUCAUUAAUGUGUGAUAUACAAAUGUGAAAACGCUCCAUUAGAUUAUCAGAACGAUAAAUAAUGCUAAUCUUUCUAAGAGGAUUGUAUUGCUAACGAAGGCAGUGGGUGCAAAUUAAAUACUUCAUGCAGUUCUAUUAAAACAUAAAUAGAUUGUAAUACAUAGAAGAGUGGUGAUGGCAAGGAUUGUAUGUGGGAGGAUUCUUGUAUUGAAAAAGCUUGUGAAAAUGCAUCAACCAAGUUGACUACACAUUAAUAAUGUGAGUAGUUCUUAUUCUCAUGCACUACUGAUAAUGGAUUUGGCUGUCAGACGAAAAAUUGUAAAAAUGCUCCAGAUACUUUAAAAACAAAUGAAGAUUGCGAGAAGUACCUCCCUGAUAAUCACUGUAUUACCAGAAGUGGGGGUGGCUGUAUUGAAAAUGGUUCUUGUUCUAAGGUCACCACCUCAAUAGCUUGUGUAAAGGACAUUAAUGGAUCAGAUUGUUAUUGGUAUGAAAUAACUGGCACAUGUAUUACAAAGUAAUGUGAUAAGGCACCAUCCACAAUCAGGACUCAAGAAGACUGCGAGAAGUUUUGGUCCAAAUGCUAAGUAAAUUAAACAGCAACUGGUUGUGAAGACAAAAUUUGCGAAAACUAUUAAAAUGAAGUUAAUUGCACAAAAUAAUUGGAUUUUUAUGGGAGAACCUGUUAAUGGAGAAAUAAAUGCAUUGAAAAAACAUGUCUAAGUGCUUCCACGGAGAUUAAAACACAUGAAGGUUGUAAUGCAUACUUAAGUACUUGUACUUUGGCUUUAUCUGGUAAAGGUUGUAUGUCACUUCCUUUACAAUGUGAACAGAUAAAAUUGGAGGAAGGGUGUUACCUUAGGCAAUCUAUUGGUUUCAAUAAUGUUAUUAAAACUAAGGAAUGCGCCUGGAAGAAUGGCAAAUGUUUAGAUAAGUCUUGCUAUACUGCUCCGAUAAACAAAACUACAACUGUAGCUUGUAAGGAGUACAUGCAGGGCUGUUAUGUAAACAAUGAUAAAAGAGGAUGCUGGGUUUUGCCGGAGUGCAGUUAAAGAGCCCUUUAAGAAAUCUGCGAAAUUGAAAAUAAUUAUAAGUGUGCCUGGGAUGAAGGACGUUAGAAGUGCUAAAUAAGGGCUUGUGAUUCGACUCUAUUUAUUAGUGAGAAAGCAAAAUACUAGACAGCCCAAAGUUGCAAUCAAUAUCCAUUGGAGGAUUGUACCAAUCCAGAUGGUUUAGGCUGUUGUACUUUAAGCAAUACUGGAUUGGGGUGUAUGAGAAAACCUGACAGUUGUACUAAGCUAAAAUCUUAAGGUAAUUGCAUUUAGAAUGGCAUCAUGGAUCCAAAAGCGAAGUGUUUGUGGACAGGAGAUUAAUGUGUGAUAUAAUCUUGUUCAGCAAUUAAGUUACAGAUCGACUCAUUAAUUUACAAUCAUACAAAUUGUUUUGAGAAAUCGUAUUAAACUUGCACAGUCAAUGAUGAUGCAAAUGCUUGCAUGGAUUUACAAUAAAAUUGCUCAUAAUAUUCACCUAAUGAUCAAUGUAAAAUUGAUUCAAAUAAAAACGAAUGUGUCAUUCGGUUUAAUGCUAAUACUUAAGAAUAUAGAUGCGAUAUCAAGAAGUGUGGAGAUGUUGUUUCUAAAAUGUAUAAUUCAUAUGCCGCUUGCAAUGCGUAUGAUUCCACAUGCACUGUAAUUGCAAGGGUAAAUUAAAAUGGCUGCAUUGAUAAACAGCAAUAUUGUUUCAAUUAUAAAUUUCCUGAAUAAUGUUUUAAGAAUCUUAGUGGAUAGAAAUGUAUCUGGAAUAAUGAAAGGUGCUGGGAUUUUGAUAAAGUCGAUUGUUCAAGGUUAGUAUUAACUGAGUAUUCAACAUAAACUUGUGAAGAUGUUGUUUCCUAUUGCAAAGUCAAUGAAAAAAACACAGGUUGCAAAUUGAAGACAUGUGAAGAUUAUACCACUCAAACAGAGAAAACAGGAGGACCAGUGGUCUCUUAAUUAAGCCAUUGUUAAGCUAUUAUAUCUAAUAAAGUUGAGUGUUCAAUUAACAAUGCAUUGAAUGCUUGCGUUAUCGAAAAAGCUCGAUGCAAUUAAUAUACUCCUCAAGAAUGCUAUUAUGCCAAAUUUGAUGGUUUUUGUUUAACAAAUGGGUCACAGUGCUAUAUGCAAUAUCAAUCCUGUACCACUUGGUCCAGUGAAAAUGACGCAGAAUGUAAGAAAAACAGAGAAUUUUGUAAAUAUCCACUUAAUGGUAUAGGAUUGAUGGCUUGUGCAUCUAGAAAUUGUGAAGAAAAGGAUGGUGUAGAUUUGACAGAGAAUAUUUGUAAGUAAUUUGAUUAAACAUGCACUGUCAGUAGGGAUAAAAAGAAAUGUAUACUGAUUUAAAAUAGUUGUGGUACUUACAAGGAGGAGAACACAUGUUUGAAAUCUCAGGAGAGUAAUUGUAUUUGGUAAGUUGGAGCUACUAGCCAGUGUAUUGGUAUUGCAAGCAUAAUCGAAGCAGAUAAGAAUUGCUCGUACAAAAAAGGAACGGGAUUAACCUAUUAAGAUUGCCAAGACUUUAGUCGUUUUUGCAGUGUCAAUAGAGCAGGAACUUAAUGUGUGGCUAAAAAGUAAUGUGGAGGAUACACUAUUUUUGACUGUUAGCAAAGUGAUUUUAAUGAAUAUUGCAUACAGAGCAAAGUUGAUGAUGCAGAGGCUGUAUGCAAAGCCUCUUAAGGAGUCAGCUGUGAAUAAUUUUAUCUAGGGGAAAGUAUCGUUUAUACAUCAGAGAAAUGUAGUCAAAUCAACAAGGCUUGUACAAAUUUAGGAACCUCAGGUUGUACUCUCAAGACUUGCUAGAAUGCGAUUGGACCAUUUACACAUGAGACAUGCUCAGCCUGGAAGGAUAAUUGCACUGUAAAUGCGGAAAAAAAUGGAUGUUAGGAGAUGAAGGAUAGAUGUUAUGAAAAUGAUGUCGACUCUUGUAUUAGAACCAUUCUAGAUGGAGUGUGUAUAAUAGAUAAGAAAUAAAAUUAAUGCUUAAAGAAGACCUGUUAUUCUUCUGAUGAUACUUUAACAAGUGAUGCCUAGUGUGAACAGUAUAUGUCAACAUGUACCGUAGCUUAAUCUGGUGGCUGUAUACUUAGAAGUUCUUGCGACUCCUACCUAACAGAGUUACAAUGUGUAGAAGAUAAUCAAGGCGCAAUUUGUUUUUGGAAUCCCUCAUUGUAGAAAUGUGUACUCUUUGAAUGCAAAUCUAUAGAAAGAACCGAAAAAUAUGAUUCUCAUGAUGAGUGUUAUGAAUUAAUUAAUGUUUAAGAUCCAAAAAAAAAAAAUUUACGUGUAAAUUGCACAGUGAAUUAUGUUGUCGAUCCUAAUGAUUAAUCAGUCUCGUAUCCAAGUGGAUGCAUGAAUUUAUAAGCAUGCAAUGAAUACCUUCACAAGGAGCAGUGUAAAGUAGAUACGUAAGGUUAAUUUUGUAGGUGGAAUACGGAUAAUCCUGAGAAUGAAUUCUGUGAAAUGACUUCUUGCUAAUCAGCUGAUCCAGAUAAGUAUUACACACAUAAGGCUUGCACGGAAUAUUAGUUAAAUGUAUUCACUCAGUAUCAAGAUAAGUGUACUGUGGCUGUCGUUGAGAUAUCCCCUGGAACACUCAAGCCGUCGGGUUGUAGAAAUAGAGCUGAAUGUGAAGAGUACAAAAUCGAAGAUCAAUGCAGAUAUAGUUCGUUAGGUUAAGAAUGUAAAUGGGAUAGGAUUGAAUAAGCUUGUUUCACAUUAUAGUGCAAUAAAGCACCAUAAACAUUUACAACUCAUGAGCGCUGCAAUGAUUUUGCACCCAAAUGCACUCUUAGAACAACCAUGCAAGGAUGCAUGGAUAUGACUCCAAAUUGUGAAGAUUACCAAAUAAAUUCUUAAUGUACCAAGAGUAUGUAUGGUAGUUUAUGUUAUUGGAAUGGCAUUCAAUGUGUAACUAGAUUGUGCAGUAAUACACCAGAUAAUUUAAAUGGAGAGUGCUCAAAAUAUUUAAGCACUUGUGAAAGCAGUAGGAAUCUAAGGUGCGUUACAACUGAUUGUGAAAAGUAUACUUACGUAACAGACGCAGCUUGUAAGUAGGUAGGUUUAAGUGGAAAGUGUACCACAGAUGGAACUAGAUGUGUUUUAAGGACAACUUGUGAAGAAGCAAGAGCACAGGAGGCUUGCAAAGUCAAUAAUCUAGAAUAGCAAUGCAUUUGGAAUGCACCAACAACAACAAGGGAUGCUUAUUGUGAAACAAGCAUUUGCGAACUGGCAUCCAAAACAGAUUAUGUCAGUGAGAAGUAAUGUAGGAAAUACAACAAUGGAUGCACCUUAAGAUAAUAGGGAGGUUGCAAAUUGAUUUUAAAUUGUACUUCUUAUGAAUUGGAAAGUAGCUGUACAUUUUCUAGAGAUGGUAAAAUAUGUGUUUGGGAAAAGGAUGUAGGUUGCAGGAGUAAUGACUGUUCAGAUUUAACUGGAACAGAUCAUUUUAAAUGCAAGAAACAAAACAAGACAUGUACUAUUUCUAAAACUGGAAAUUGUGUCAAUAUGGCUGCUAACUGUACUGAAUAUUAGAUUGAGGAAAGUUGCGUCGAAACAUUUGAUGGUUUGCCAUGUCUCUGGGUUAAACCUUUAAGAAAUGAAAACCAUCCUUAAGGGUUAUGCAUCAAAUAUUUGAAAUGUGAAGAUAUCCCUCUUAAAACAGAUGCAGAAUGUAAAAGUGUAUUUAAAAAUUGCACCUCUAAUGGAACAACCUGCAUAUCUAUAACAAAAUGCGAGAAUCUUUCUUCCAUAAAUUGCAACAGAGGCUCUGAUGGAGAAUGCAUGUUAAUUCGCAAAGAUGCUAAUUCCGCUUCUAAAAUAUGUAAGAAAUUUAACAAAUGCAAAGAUAUUCAAUAUCAAACUCAUGCAGAGUGCUAUGAAGUAAAUUAAGGUUGCACUACUAGUGGAAGUGAAUGUAUGGAAUUGAAGGAGAAUUGUCAAGAUUAUUUGGACUAAUCAUCAUGUUACAUUACAAAAUAAUAGACUAUAAAAACAUCAAAAAGUACUGAUAUUUGUGUUUGGGAGGGAAAAUGUAGGAAUCAAAGCUGUUCAGAUAUUAGUGGAACCACUCAUAAAUACUGUAAUUCUAAGUUGAAUUCUUGCACUUCUGAUGGCACUACAUGUAUGUCUAUGUAAGAAUGCAAAUUAUACAAGACAAAAACAAAAUGUACCAAUGGCUAUACGAAAAUUAAUACUGAUAUUAAUCCAUGUUAUUGGGAAGAUGCGAAUUAAGAAUCAGGUGAGUUAUGUAGAGAUAAAAAUUGUAAUGACAUACUUCCAGUAUCCAACCUCUAUUGUUCAGAAGUGACUACAUGUGUUUAUGAUGCAACUUAAUAAAAAUGUAUCAUCAAGAAUUACUCUUGUAGUUAGUAUAAUGAUUAGAAUGCCUGCAAUUAAGGAGCAUCAAAUUAGAAAAUCUGUUAUUGGGCUAAUAGUAAGUGUUUAGAAGUUACGGGAUGCUAAGUCAUAACUGAGUAGGCAAAGUGUUUAUCACUUAGAGGAUGUAGCUAUAUCACUUAAAAUGGUACUUCUAGCUGUGUUCCCUAAGAUUGCUAGAGUAUCUAUUAGCAGACAAAUUCUUGCAAGUUUAUCUAAAUAUUUAAUUCAGAUUAAACGAAUACUUGCAUGAUAUAGAAUGGAUAAUGCAAUUUAGUUGAUCCAUCUAAUUUAAUGUAGGAUACCUGUCUGAUUAAUUCAAAUUACAAAUAUACAUGGAGUACUGAUAAUUCCAAAUGUGUUCUUUGUUAUGAGAAAUCUGCUCCCCCCAACAACACCACCUGUAAUAAAGAUAGUUCCCCCAGCGACAUCACCUGCAAUGGUACAGAUGAUUCAGCUUAAAAGAUCAGCAUAGUCUUAAUUUUGUUGUCUAUGAUGGCAGGAUGA